UGGCUUUCGCAUUUCCAAAUAUCAUCAAACGGUCACACGAAACACAUAUUUGCUAUUUGUUUAUUUAACUACUGUAAUUUCAAAUGUGCCUGCAUAAUGCAUUGUUUUAAGCUUGGAAACUUAAACCCGCUCCACCAGAGGUUGUCCAAUAGUCGUAUGAACCGAGCAAGUGCAUCAUCUACAGCCGAUGAGCCGCAUUUUACCCGUGUACCCAUUUCGACAGACCAUUGAUUUGUUCGGUCAGAAGAGAAAAGAGCCGAGAGCGCAGAACUGGAGAAGCAACAACCAUGACCGGCAGAGAGUCCCAAAUGCAGUCCUUCCACACACGCUGUGGCCGCUCCAUUCGGCUGUACAACAACAAUCGGAUGGCCCAGCGCUCCAUGCGGGAUUUCAGUCAUGCCCUGGUGUUCAGCGCAGAGCCUCUUGAGGAUGAUGUCCUUUUCGAAGUAGUCAUUGAAAAGAAGAAUACCUCCUGGGGCGGCAGCAUAGAGAUUGGUGUCACCGCCGAGUCGCCGGAAGACCUGGAACUGGUGGCCUGUGCCACGGCCAUGCGAAAUGGCACAUGGGUGAUGUCCGGCAUUGAUGUGCGCAAAGAUGGACGACGGCUGUUCGAGUUCUAUGGCACCGAUCUGGAGACACUCAACGAGAACGAUCGGGUCGGCGUUAUGCGAACCUCCGGCAACGAUCUGGUCUUUUAUGUGAACGGGGAAUCGCAGGGUGUGGCGGCCAAAAACAUGCCCAAGCCGCUGUGGGCCCUCGUCGAUCUUUACGGGCGUUGUGUGCAGGUCUCAAUCUGUCCCCGAGAUGGCAGCAGUUUAGGAGAGCUUUUGGACUCACCACUGCAGCAGCCUUUGCAGCAGGUUGUUCAAAACCUGGACGUGGCCAUGAAUGUUAAUAUUGUCGUGGAUUCCGACGCUUGGUUGCAAGGCACUGGCUCUGGAUCUGCUACCGACGAUCGACUGUGCUUUCACACUCGCUGUGGAUCGCUGGUCAAGCUAUCGCCCAAUUUCCGAUCUGCGGAACGUCGUCGACCGCUGGACGAGUUCAACAAUGGUGUGGUGAUGACACACAGGCCGCUGAGGGACAAUGAACUGUUCGAGAUUCGCAUCGACAAGCUGGUGGACAAAUGGUCCGGAUCCAUCGAAGUAGGCGUCACCACGCACAAUCCCUCUGUAUUGCACUUUCCAGCCACCAUGACAAACAUGCGCUCUGGCACUAUCAUGAUGUCGGGCUGCGGCAUUCUAACAAACGGCAAAGGAACACGUCGCCAGUACGGAGAAUUCAAUCUGGACGAGUUGCGGGAGGGCGAUCGCGUUGGGAUGAUGCGCAAAGCCAACGGCAACCUGCACAACUAUAUUAACGGACAGGACCAGGGUGUGGCCGCCACACGCGUGGCUUCCACAUUAUGGGGCGUCAUUGAUCUGUAUGGAAUGACUAUCAAGGUUACAAUUGUUGACCGCGAUGAGCGUGAACAGCAGAAUCUCGUAACGCGGCGAAAUAACAUAGUGGCUGGUAUGAAUGCCUGCUCCAGUGGAGCCGGUAUUCAGCAUUCUCAGCACCACCAGCAUUCCGGUACGCCCACCCUGAGCCUUUUGAGUCCGGAGAGCGAGAUGAAUGUGGCUGGCGCAACAGGCGGCCUCAGUGAGACAAUUUCGAGUACACGAGCCAUAGCCAGGAACGACGAUCGUUUAACCUUUCACCAUAUCUGCGGAACCCACGCCACAGUCACCCAAAGUGGACGCACAGCUCUGCGACCCAAUGCUGCCGAUGAUUUCAACAACGGUGUGGUGCUCACACGUCGGCCGCUCCGCCCCAACGAACUGUUCCAGGUGCGCCUUGAGCGCGUGGUGACAAAAUGGGCGGGUUCCGUUGAAAUGGGCGUGACAACGCACAGCGCCGACGAACUGGACUUUCCCUUCACCAUGACCAAUGUGCGUUCCGGCACUUGGAUGAUGACAGGCAACGGGGUCAUGCAGAAUGGCGUAACCGUAAUCGAGCAGUACGGCCAAAAUUUGGAUCGGCUGCAGGUGGGCGAUAGAGUAGGGGUGGUCCGCAAGGAUGAUGGCACGGUGCACUUUUGGGUGAACGGCGUGGACCAAGGGCCAGCUGCCACCAAUGUUCCAGAACGAGUUUACGGUGUAAUCGAUUUGUACGGUCAGGCGGCUCAGGCCAGCAUUGUGGACACUUCAGAGUGCGGAAGUCCGGACACCGGAAACUCAACUAUCUCGAAUACGACACUUUAUAGCGAAGUUCCCCUGCGUUUUCACAGCAUCCAUGGUGCCAAUGCGGGCAUUUCGAAUAGUGGUUUGACAGCAUCUCGUCCCAACUCUCUGGCCGAGUUUAACGACGCCAUCGUGUUCAGUAAUCGACCGCUAAGGCAGAGGGAACUGUUUGAGGUGGAGCUUGAGACCAUGGUGCGGCACUGGUCGGGCAACAUUGAGAUCGGAGUGACGGGCACACGACCAGAGGACAUCCAACUGGCGCCCAAUGCCACCGAUCUGGAGGCCAGCGACACCAUCAUCCUAUGCGGUCCGAUGAUUUUUCACAAUCGCAAAACCAUACGCACCAAUAUUCUACUGGAUCUGGAUACCUUGGGUCCGGGAACUCGCGUGGGUGUCAUGCGCAAUGGCGACUUUAUCCACUUCUUUGUUGACGGAAUGGAUCAGGGUCCGGCGUGCGAGUGCCAUGCUCCCAACAUUUGGGCCAUCAUUGAUCUGUACGGGCAGUGCGCCCAGGUGAGCCUCACGCAGACCCAGCUGGACAUCCGUGCUCCGUACGCAACCAGCGAGAAUUCGCAGAGCUGCCAGGCCACUUCGGUUAUCCAGCAUCCGGCCAUGGAGACCAAACACCGCUGGACCUGCGUGUCGGGAAAUGUGAGUCUCACCAAGGACUGGACAGAGGCCUCGCGUUUUACCGGAGCUGCAGCACCACUUUCCCAUUGUCUCGUUUUUUCUGAGCAUCCACUCAGCGUAGGUUCCCCCUUUGAGAUCAAGCUAACAUCGUUUAAUCCCAUGUUUGCCGGUUGCUUGAGCAUUGGUGUCACUGAUCUCAAUUUGAGCGACGAGAGCGUACGCAAAAAGUUACCCACUAGCCUGCGGCGAAUUCCGGCCAAUGUUUGGUACGUAAGCGGUAACGAAGUUUGCUUCAACUCCAGCUGUCUUCAACGCUCGUUGGCCUCUCUGGAAUGGCUAAGGGUGGAUGAUAGGAUCACACUCGAACGGGUGGAGAACACGCUUAAUAUUCUACUGAAUUCGGAGAAUGUGAACAUCCAAUUCCACAACGUGCCCAACGAUGUGUACGUGGUGGCGGAGUUGCGGGGAUCCACAAUGGGAAUUCAGGUGAUAUCCGCCCAGGGACCUGCCUCACCGCUUCGCCCAUGCAGUCUGCGGCUGCAGGACUCUAUGGACUUUGGCGUGGAUCCACUGAACAAGCAGGAUAGCUCCAUGUUGGAGUCCAUUGAUUCGGAGGCACAGAACUACGAGUUUUUGGAUGUAUCACAGAAGAACGCGCGUCUCAGCGAGGAUCGCAGGAGUGUGGUUAGGAUUAAAUCGUAUAACCAGGCCAUCGUGUGUCUGAAUAAACCGCUGUGCAAGGGUGAGAGUAUCAGCAUCAAGGUGGAUGCCCUAAACAACAAGUGGAAGGGAACUCUUGGCUUAGGCGUUCUAACCGCCAGUCCCCAGGCUGUACCAAUUUCCCUGCUGGACUUCAAGCGGAGUUGCUGGUUGGCCACCCACGAUUACGUUAACAUCAACGGUCAGGUCAUGGCCUCCAAAUACGGCGAGGCCCUCGAACAGAUCCAAGUGGGAACAGUCAUUACCUUGACUUUAACACAUGCCGGAAUGCUGAUCAUUAUGGUUGGAUCAACAAAUCUUGAGGAUCUGGCCAGUAGUCUGCCAAACCAUGUGUAUCCAGUGUUCGAUGUGUACGGCAAGUGCGAAAAGAUUACUUUAAUUACGGGCAAUGAUGCCGGACGCACAGGAAACGCCAAUGGUACUCCAAUCCUAGAAGCACCUGAGGCCCUGGAGUUGGAUAAUGGAAUGCCGCAGCAGUGCGAGAAGGCGCAUCUUGAGAUGCACGAGAAGGAGAAGGACACGGAGCAGGUGUGCGAGUCAAGCAGGGAUGGUCCGUCCACUUCGGGUGCUCCAUCGAAUGCUAUGACUCGUUCAGUUAUGGAAAGUGUUUCCGAAAACUUGUUGCUAAACAUUUCCAUCAAAAAUCGAACUUUGGAGCAGCAGCGAAACGAACUGGGCAGUUCCUCGUCGACUUGUUGCCUUCGCGAGUCUCUCCAGCUGCAGCACAACACAAACCUAAAUAUACAGCGCAGCCAAAGCACGCAGAGAUUCCAAAACUCGCUUAACACAUCGGCAACGGCAGCGGGAUGUAGUGGAACGAGUGGCUCCUCAGCCAAUGUUCAACACCUGAGCAACUCGGGGGUUUAUGACACAAACAAGGAGUACGACGAUCUACCCAAUCCUCCUAUUACGUUGGCUAAUUCCAUGGAGGAGGCACCUGGAGCAACGGCAGUCACGAUGAUUGAACAAUGCGAGAACAACGCAGAGGCGUUGGAAAUGAGUGCCAGCAACGAACGGGAAUUAUCCGGCGAUCCUGUGGCCAACGACAAUGUCCUGGAAGAUGAUGAAAUAGACUAUAUGAACCACCUUCUACUGCUGCAGCAACUGCAGCAAAACGAGUACACGCGACAUCACCUUAUGCCCGAUCAGGCGUCGCUACUGAAUCUCGACCUGCCAUCUCUUAAUUCAAUGGAGUCCGACACAAAUUCAACUGGUCAGACUCGACCGGGAGGUGGAACUGACUCGCUGAGGUCCACAGCCACCGGCGCCAGUGUGGAGCAGAACGACUGCGAGUAUCUGCGGCAGGUGAGACGCUUCUGUGCCUCGCUGGUUCUGCCGCAGGCCUUCUUCGACAGUCGCCUGGAGCCGGUGUGUUUCUGCCUGAAGUGCAGCGGACCCAGCAACGGCGGAAAUGGCGAUAAACUGGAAGGAUGGGUCUACUUCAAGCUUAACCAACAGACGGUUAAUGCGCUGAGCACUUCCACGUCAGCUGCUUCGACGGGUGGUGGUGUUUCCUCGUCGAGCGCUCCCCAAGUGCACUUUGAUCUGAAUGGCGACUGGCUGCCCUUUUACUACAUGACACGCGUGGACAAGAUCCGGGCCAUUCUGGAUCGUGGCCAGCCGCUGCCGCUGGAAACGGAUCCGGACGAAGAACCGGCCGCUGCGGCGCUCAAGGAUGAGCCUGGCACCCGUCUGGAGCUGUACUACUCGCCCAAUGCCACCGUGAUUGAGCCCGUGCUGCCACAGCAUCACUUUGCCUCCGAACAGGGACUGCACCGCAUCUCCACCUCCUUCGAGGUCUACGUUCGGCGACAGUCCAUUUCAGGAGUGACGACCGGCAAGGCUGCAGCCGAUGCCAAGAGACGCAGCCUGGGAUCAGCCGGUGAUCACGAUCAUGGUGGCGCAGGUCAGAGUGCCGAAGGCGUGGGUGGCACUCCCUCCGCCGCCCUCAACGAGUCGUCUGUGCAUCUGCUGAACGAUCUGUGCUGGUUCACCAAAGAGGCUGGCGCCUGCAUAAUCAACGCUUUGAUAAUUAAACUGGACAGAAUCGAGGAGCAGGAAUCUCAAUAAACGCACAACACCAUAUUCGCACUAGUCACGGCCGGUCUAUAUGCAUUGCUCCCGUCCUGUAUUCCCAACAUCUUAAUCACGCUCAGCAGCUAUCCACACCAAAUCGCAUUCGCAUUCCUCUUUGUAAACGAGUUUGUAUUGUAUUGUAAGCGCCAAUAAAAUAAUCGCAGUUA